UUUAUGAAUCUCAGGUUGCAGGCGAAGCUUUGAUGAGUUCCAGGAGAAAUCUUUCAACUUGACAUUUUUCUUUGGAGAGAGCUGAUAGAAUUCAGUUGGAUCAAUAUGAAGAAAACACAAUGGUCUUGUGUAUAUAGCCACUUGAUAUAGAGAAGAAAACGAAUAUACUAAACAUGGAGACAGUCACACCAACUGGCAACUGAACCAAACAGGUUUUUUGUGAUGUCAUCGCUGACAUUUCUGCAGCUCCUUCUCCUGGGGUUAAGGGUCAUCAACGCCGCAGACACAUGGAGACACUGUACAGAUUUGCUCCCUCUGGAUCUUCUGUCUUUUGUCCUGGAGAGGGACACCUCCAGACUCGUGCCCGGGGUGCACAUGAAGCAGGCCGGAGGGGUGAGGGGGAUACAUUUCUCAAGCCCUCAUUCCUCCAUGAGCUUUCCUUCCUCCCAGCUGCUGGCAAACUGCGACCUCUUCCCAAAAGACUUCUCCAUUGUUGGGACUGUAAAAGUCCCACACAUUGCCCAAAAGAGAAAUGAAUACAUCUUUUCCAUGUCGAUGCCAAAAACAGAAGAGAAAAGAGCUGUGACGGAGAAGCAGAACAUUUUGGAAAGUACUAAUAAGAGGAGUAUCAGGGAAAGUGGAGAGGAAAAGAAGAAGAAGAAGAAGAAGAAUAAGAAGGAGGAGAGGCAAUUCCAAAGUAACGAGGAACGUGGACAGAUUAUUUUGGGAUUGAGGAUUUCGAGAAAAUCCUUGCACUUCCUCUUUAAAGGUCACGGAGGGAUCGUGGAGCACUGGGUGUUUCGGGGCACCGAGUUGGCUGAUAACCAGUGGCACACUCUGGUUUUAACUGUUACCAGUCAACACGUGAGGCUGUCAGUGGACUGUAACCCGCCACUGGAAAUCGUUCCCACCAGGCCUUUCCCCUCAGACGUCAACAUUCAGGGAUCCAGAUUCCACAUCGGCAGCCGGGGAAGAUGGAAAGGCUUGUUUUCAGGUUUGUUAAGGCAGCUGGUUCUAGUACCAGGCUCAGACGCCACCCAUCAGAUCUGCCCAUCUUCCAACCCCCAGCUAGCAACUCUGUCAGUACCACCUCUCCUCUUAGACCUGCCCAUCACGGGAAAGGAGAGAGACAGCCACCUGACUUCCUCCGACAUGGAGGAGCGAGUGUCAGUGGGUUUGGAGCGUUCGUGCUCUGAGAUUCUGCAAGGUCAGCUGUGGUUCAAUCCGCUCAAGAAAGGCCUCUACCUCUGCGACGGCUCCGUGUGGGUCACCGUGCUGGAGGAUCAUAAAAGGCUGGACUACGUGUUGGAACAUCAGGUCCUGACCACCAGCUCAGAAACGCAUGAUAUAGAGGUUUUCCGGUUACCGGGCAUCGGCCUGAUGGCUGCCAUGGCUCAACGUUCCAAAGCUUCUGGCUCUGCUGUGUAUCUGUGGACCCACUCGGGAUUCAAAGUCUACCAGAAUAUCUCCACACAUGAAGCCCUAGCCUGGAGACACUUCAACAUAGGAAAGAAAAUAUUUCUGGUGGUGUCUAACUCUGGGGAAGAGAUGGACAAACGCUUUAACAAAGAGUCUGGGACUGACUUUUCUGUGAUUUACAAGUGGAGCAAGAAAAGAAAACAGUUUGUGCGGUUCCAGUCUCUGCAGACCUACUCUGCCCGGGACUGGGAGGCUUUUGCCAUCAAGCAACACACCUAUCUCGCUGUGGCCAAUCAUAGACAAGGGAAUAAUAAUCACACAAUUGACAGUGUGAUAUACAAGUGGAACAGGUUAACAAAGGCUUUUGAGGUUCACCAGACACUGACGACCUUGGGGGCCUACGACUGGGAGUUCUUCACCGUUGGACCCUACCAUUUCCUGGUGGUUGCAAAUGCUUUCGAUGGAGUUACCACAGCUGUAGACUCUGUCAUCUACGUUUGGGUCAAUGGACGCUUCCAGGUGUUCCAGAAAAUUAAGACGUUCUGCGCCACAGACUGGGAAAUGUUUCAGAUUGGCAGCAGAUUCUUCUUGGUUGUUGCAAACGGACACAGACUCCAAGGUAACGAACCAAGUCGAUAUGCCAUCAACUCCACCAUCUACGAACUGGACCUGAAUGGACAGCUGUUUGUCCGCUUCCAGGAUAUUAUCACCUACAGUGCAGUGGACUGGGAAUUCUUCAGCCUCGGGGAGGAGCAUUUUCUGAUCGUGGCUAACUCCUUUAACGGAGAAUCCUACUCCCUGAACAGCGUUCUCUACAGAUGGCAGGGAUAUGAAGGCUUUGUUCCUGUUCAUUGGCUCCCAACCAUCGGGUGCAGUGACUGGGAGUUUUUCAGCUCCAAGGGAGAAUCCUAUCUGAUCUACUCUAGUGCCAAAGAGCCUCUCUCCAAAGUGUUCAAGCUCAAAACCUUUUAGCAUGUGUGUGUUUGUGUAUGUGUCCUUUUUUAUCUGUGAUCGUGUGUGAGAAAUUGUUUGCAAACCUUAAUUACAUACUGUACAGUCAGGGGCUAUAUAGCAAUCAUAAAGACCUAAGUGUUGUUUCAGAUUCACAGAAAUUUGUUAUGGUGGGUUUUGAAGAAAGAUUUGAUAUUUCUUGGUAUAAAUGUCUUUGAAAUAGGUUUUAGAGAAACACUACAUCAAAUUCACAUAGAAUUUGCAUGGGAACUGCAAUGACCAUCAUUUAUUCAUCACCAUAACAUUUACAGAAAACUAAUAAUUAGUUCAACUGAGGGAAUUUGGUAAAACAGCCAACCCUGCAUUCACUUACCCUGCAAGAAGGCCUGGUAAACAACUAAUGUACCUCAUAUUAAAACAAAUAUAGUGCGCUCAAGAUUUCUAUUUGUGUGUAUUUUCUGAAAGAAAUACACACUACAACUCAAGAAAGCCUGAAAGACUUCCUUACUCUCUGUAAAAACCUUUUAAGUUAAAAUAUAUUUAAACAUUUUCUUUAUCAGCUAGAAUGUGUUCUCUCAAAGAAAAUUAGCCUGAUACAGCUUUUUUAUGUCUA